CUUUGACAUGUCAAAAAACCGGAAAUUAACAUAAGUUUAGUCAGUCAGUUUGCGAACAAAGUUGAUGUUCACCAAAAUAGAUUGUAAAAAUGUUAUGACUUGUAAUUUAUUUUAUACAGAUAGAAUUUAAAUCGUAGCUUAAAAAAGUGACUUUAAAAUGUAUUUUAAGUGGCUAUUGUUACUGACGCUCGCCGCAAAAGAAUGUUCGUCGCAGGAGGAAGACGGCCCAUACCUCGGGAAAUACAUAGGAAAACUCAACUCAUAUCACCACCAAGUGUCAGGUGAUGUGUAUGCUGUAGACGAGUGGACGAUUCUGUUGGUGAAUUUUAAUUAUGAUGGCACAGGCGAUGACACAUUCUUCUGGGCUGGUGACUCCGGCCGGCCUGGUCCACAAGGUUUUAUUGUGCCCGACCAGAACGGCAAAACAAACAUUCUGGAACGGUACUACAAUGAGGAUGUCCGUCUUACUCUGCCAGAAGGCAAGCGCAUCACUCGAAUCAAAUGGCUUGCUGUGUAUGACAUCGGAUCACAGAACGCUUUCGGUGAUGUCUACAUACCGGACGACUUUGAGGCACCCUCAGAGAGGAGCAUUGGACCACUUGUGGGGGACACAUCAGUGUCCAGCCAGUCGGUUAAAGUUGUGGAUGCUGUAACUAUUAUUAUUCCGGAGUUCAAGUAUGACGGCAGUGGCGAGGAAGUCUACUUCUGGGCGGGCGUGGGGCCGCAGCCUUCAGCUCGAGGGUUCCAGGUGCCCGACGAGUAUGGAUACUUGGAACCCCUCCGUCCUUACAAAGGCGAAGACGUCCGCCUGGAAUUACCGGGCGGUAAGACGAUAUUCGACAUCAAAUGGCUCAGCAUCUGGGACUCGGUCGGGAAGCGAUCCCUGGCCUCCGUAUUGGUGAGAGAUGCACUCGUCGUACCGCCAGCUGUCGCUCCAAUACAUCCGUACAGAACGGCCCUACCACACUGCCGGCAGCUGCAUCGCGACUUCCAAGUUUCUUGGGAGAUAUUCGGAAACCAGAUCACCAUCGAACUCGCGGGCAAGUUGGAUAAGGGCGAGUAUAUGUCGUUCGGUAUAUCGGGCAGCGACUCCAAAUCAACAAUGGUAGGGGCCGACGUGGCCGUUACUUACUAUUCAGAAGAAUUACAGCGACCCUUCGCUACUGACUAUAACAUCACUGCCAAAGCACCGUGUGUUCAUGUGCUUGGCCAAUGGCAAGGAGUGUGUCGGGACACAGUUUUUGGUGGUCAGGACUCCAACCAGGUGCUCUCCGGGUCACACGUGUCUGGACUCGCGCGGGUCACCUACAGGCGGGAACUAAAGCCCGUGGAGACGUUUGACCGCGAGUGGAUUAUAGACAAGCCUUUAUACGUGGUUUGGGCGAUUGGCGCUUUGGACCACGCAGGCGAGCCCGCUUUCCACCGCCUCUACCAUAAACAAGACAUUAUGGUUCAUCUAGGCACCACAGACCACGAGAACAGCUGCUUCAACUUCACCAUUGGAUCUGAAUCGGUGAUCCAGCCGUGGGAAACAGCUCAACUGUCGGACCCAGCAUUGCGAGUGUUCAACUUCCGUUUGGGCCCGUCCGGAGGUGCCCGCGGGCCGUCGGGCCGCAGCCGGGCCCCGCUCGCGUGGUACGUCAACGGCCAGCUGCGGCCCCACCUGCAGCUCAGGAGGGGGCUGCACUACUCCUUCAUGGUGUGGGGCGGUAACAAUCCGCACUCGGCCACAGAAUACCACCCACUCAUUGUCACCGUCGACCCCGAGGGUGGGCUGGAGAGAUUAUCAGAAGCGGCGCAGCGUCAGACGCGGGUAUUGGCGGGAAUACACGUUCCUAGAAGGGGGAGACUUGCGCCCACAGCCGCGGGCGGUCUCUGCAUCGGUCGUCACGCGUCGACGGCCGAUCGACGCCGCGACGACGACUACUUAACAUUCCGCGCGUUCAACCGUUCCCUGCGCUGGGAGUGCAGCGGGGAGCCCGCCCUACUAAAUAUAGCCCCCAACUCCUCCUGGCCCGACCUGCUGUACUACAACUCCUUCACACACAGCGGUAUGGGCGGACGAAUCUACGUGGUGGACAAACAUCGCCGCAUGUCGCGUCGUCCCUCUCCCUCAUUCGCUGUCGCCCUCCACCCUACUUCCUUUCUCGUCCUCCUCCAUUCUGCCUUCGUCGCGAUACUCACUCUAGCCUUCUAGGAAUACACUAGCAAUAAGCGCACAAAUUCUAGCAUUACACACGCUAGUAAUACCAUCGCUAGCAUUAAACAAGAUCUCUCUUAUUAAGGUGGGCGCACAUGUACGGUUUCCUGAUCAGGAAUUCAGACUCGGAACUCCGUGAGCCUAGCGCAGACGUUUCGUUUUUGUAUUAGUUAGAGUCCGAAACCAACUUUCGGUUUUUCCAUUUUGAAAAAUUUGAAGAGUGUGCGCCUCGUUGAAUUAUUUGUAUGUAAGGACUCCAUUUAGGUUUCCGAAUCGGAAUUCCUGAUCAGGAAACCGUACACGUGCGACUAGACUAAGGCUGGGCCUGAUCAGGACACCUGAUUGCACGUCCUUACAUACAAAUAAUGCAACGAUGCGCACACUAUUCUUAUUUUUUCAGAAUGGAAAAAACCUAAACCUAAAGGCUCACGAAAUAACAAAUCUGAAGUCCUGAUCAGGAAACCGUACAUGUGCACCCAGUCUAAUAAACAAAGAAUAAGCUUGGAUCAGUUAACCUAUGUUUUGUCUCUGUUCGUUGAAUUGCAAAUAGAAAUUGAGUGAUAUGAACAAAACACGGCGUAACUAUUCUGAAGUUUAUUCCUCGUUUAUUAAUAAGGGGGAUAGUAUACCCGUGUCUGCCACUGCUUAAACGCUCUAUGGCCACUUACUACCGUGUUAGCACUGAUACUGUAAGGCUGGCUAUUACUUCCUGUUCCUAUAUUAUUAUUACAUUAACGCAUGUUAGGACGUGACUACACAAAACUGCUUUUAAACUUAGUCCUACAUAAUAGGGUAUUAUCCAAAAUUUUGAAAAGUGCUCAUAUUUAAAAAUUGGGUCAAUCGAUUUAACAGAAAAAUAAAAAAUGUCUUUUUUUCUCCAUUAAACCAAUUAAAGUUGAAUUUAUUUUUAAUGGUUUUGAAGUUACCGCCAACACGCUCGGUUAUAAUAGAGUAUUUAUGGCAGCUGUAAGGUAUCUACAAAAAAUUCGCGAUCGUGUCCAAUAAAAUUAAAGAAAUGCAAGUUAUUGUAGUCUUCCAAACCUUUAUCAAGUGUAAAUAAAAGCAAUGUACGGGCAACUGAAUAUUUUAUACUCUUAUAAGAAUCUCAUCACUUUUUCUACUAUAAAACAUUUUACAUCUUUUUUAUUUUAUAAUUUAAAGUUUCUGCUAAACUAUGUAUAUUAAUUUGGCAUUUAUUUUUAUGUAAGGCUUUUCUACCCUUCAAGCAUUAUAUUCUUGACAUAUCAUCACAUUUUAUUUUUUUAUAUUUAAGAGUAAUAGAAAUUACGUUUCGGUGCUUUUGUAACGAAAUAUGUAUAGGUUAGAAUUAAAUAGAUCUCUGUCGUUAGUAUCCAUUUUUUAUAUUAUAUUUUUCGAUGUACUUUAUAUGUCAAAUAUAAUCAUUUUUUUUAUGAUAAUUGUAUAAUAAAUAAAACACUAUUUUGAACAAUAUAGUUGUUUUAUUUUAAAUUAACUAGACUAUGAGAUUACACUAGAAUACAAAAUAAUCAUGAACAUAGAAUACGUAGUGUAAUAAAUGAUGCUGUCUUGCAAAAUACCUUCGCUCAAAAUACUGAUGCCUUAGACAAGUAGCAAACUAUUAUUUAAAACGAUUACUUACCCCUCGUUUACACCAAGAAACGAGUCAUAUACUAGUUAUACAAAAAAUAAUAUAGAAUACUUGUAGUAACUGUUUUAAAGUUUCUUUUGUUUAGUAUCUACAAGUAUAAAUCACUAUUGUAUUUACUUCACAUUAUUUUGUUUAUCCAACAAGAUUGAUGCAAGUAUUGUAUACUCCAUGUUUUAUACAUGUAUAAAAGUGUAAACAAAAAAUUAUGUCCACAGUUUCACACUCGGGCCCGCGUGGUGGGCCAUGACUCAUACUACCUAUACCUAUUCCAUUCGCAGGCAUAGCCUGACCUUUACCCAGCAGUGGGGACACCAAUAGGAACAUGAUGAGAAUGGUGAAUAACAUUAAGUAUAUUGCCUUGCCUAUGGCACCAGGGGCUAAAUUUCUAACUUAACUCUUACUGCAACCCCCUUCAACUUUCAAAGUUAAAGCAACUGUCAUUGUGACAUAAGCUAAUCUCUUUCCCAAGUAUGAAAUGAAAAGGAGCACGCAAAGAGAAAGUUAAAAAAUUAGGCCUAAGAACAUUAUAACACGUUCAUAGUAGUCGUUAUACGCGUUCCCCGCAUCAAUAAUAAAUAAUUUACACCAAUUCUGAUGACUUAAUAAUCAACUUGAUUUAGUCAAAUCAUUAAAAACUAACUAAUAGAGAAUCAUUUUCAAGGAACUUCAAUAAAUUUGUUCGAACAAAAAUACAACACAAACGCUAAUUAUUAUGACUAAAAUCAAAUAAAGAAAAGAAGAAAAGAACAAUUAAUACAAGAGAUUAAUUUAUGUUAUCUAAAUAUUCGAUAGAUCAUGACUAAAUUCAAUUUGAUCAUCGAUGGAACAAUCUGUUUUAUAGAAUCAUUAUUAUGAUAAUAAGUAAUAUAAGCAAUUAUAAUAUAAACAUUUUAUAAUUAGCGAGUGCAAAAAAUACUUAUAUUAUUCCAUUGCACGUCGACUUGUUCUGAAUAUAUCACAAUGUUUUUUUUCUUUUUUGCAGUAAUUGCCGCAUUUAUCUUUAAUCUCAUAAAGGUCAUUUAAUGAGUUAAUAUGGAAUAUUAAAAGUACCAUAAUAUUCGAGUGUUACAAAAUAUAAAUUUUCAGAUUUAUUUAGAUAUAAGGACGAUUGAAUGCUCACUACAGUCAAGUUGUUCCGCUUUAAACAGCCACAUUUAUUACAUAAAUUUCAGUUUAACUCGCCCAACGAGACCCAUCCUGCUAUUAGUGAAGGUUCGAGCUGAUUAGUUAUCUAAGUACUAACUAUAACAGUAAGUUUUUCACAAUAGAAGAGUUUUCAUUAGACGUAAAUUGAUGAAUAAUGGUGAUAUGGAUAACUCUCGAAAUGAUUUUUAAUUGAGAAUGAAAUGAGAAAUAAUACUAGGAAGAGUAAUCAGGAGGUAACAUUUGUGGGACCAGCGUGGCCAGUAGUAAGUCCUUAUAAUAUUAAUAACCCUUUCACUUUAAAGCUGGUUCGGUGGUUUCGAAAUUUCAGACGAAUUCCCACCUUAUUUAUAAUUCGAUGAUAUUCAAACGUUACAAUAACCUAUCCUAUGUUCCGUUUUAAUAAUUUCGUUAUGUACAAAAUGUCAAAAACACAAUUACUUGACAACUGACUGUUUAUCGUUAUAAGGAGCAUUAAUUGUGUAUAGGCACCUGUCUCACUGUAUGUUUCUCGGCAAAUCUAAACUACGAAAUACGAGAAAGGGGCUUGUCAUUGGCCGGAGUAGUUAUAAAUAAACCGGUUUUAAACCAGCUUAGGUAUUCUGUGAGAGGCAAAUUCACUUACGAUCUUUUAUAUUCGGAUUGAUGACCGGAUGACCAAUAUCUUCUGGCUGCUUUAACAGACAUUUCUACAUUUUGCCGUGAAGUGUCACACAGACAAACGCGGCCGGGGUUGCGGCCAGUUGUAUUCGUUUGCAAUCUAAGCGUUCAAAUAGAGAGUGACCAAUGAGGACAGGCCGCCUCUGUGAGACGCGAUAUGUAACAUGUGACAAAUCAAACUUAUGUCUAAAAUUAUAUUACUUAUGCAGCUACCGAAUUCGGAAGUAAAAUUUUAUUUUACUGAAUCGGCCUGUACAAUGUUUGGGUUUAAACCAUCUUCAUUGGACUAACCUGGUUUCAAGCAACAGUUUGGUUUAAAACCGAUUUAAUGACAUCACAGUUGGGCCACUGACAUUGAGGUCGGUACUGUAGGUCGUUUCGCGAAGGUCAAGCCAAACGAGCGUAAAUGUUUGAGUCGUGAAUCGCGUAAUUCCAGCUGCAUUCGGUUUCAUACAAAAUCCUGUCACAGUCUGUUAAGCGGGUCUGCGUGAUUUACACACAGGACUUUUCUACGAACCGACCGCAGCUGAAAUUACGCGUCUCACAACUCAAAUUUACACUCGUUUGGCUUCACCCUAAGAGCAAGCGCACAUUGAGCCACGAGCUGCGCACGAGUGUUUUCAUACAUUUUCUAUAAUAUUGUCGCAAACUAAGCGUUCGAGUGGACGCCUCUAGGGCACUAGCGGCGGCGAUCGAUGACUGCGUCUAGUGGGUUGACUGAGCCACAAGUGGUUUAAUGUGCGCUCGCUCGUAAAUAUAGUGUAGUGUAUUCCACGAAUAUAGUGUAGAGUAGUGUGGAGUUUACGGGCGGUGUAAGUCCAGGAAGUCGUGUAGUGUGGCUGGUAGGACGCCUGGCGGCACUUGUAUAUUGGCCGCUAAUACGGCGCGCGCCGCCAGGCAAGCUAGAGUCACGUGACGCAACACUUUCACCUGGAAUAAAUAAUAUUUCAAACAGACUAAUUUGCCUAGCACCAAAGUAAGCACGGAUAGGCUUGUGUUAUGGGAUAGUAGGAUAACGGAUAGAAUACAUAUAUACUGGUACAUAUAUAAGUAUAUUAAUCUAAUAUUACAUAAUGUUCGUAAUCGUCAUACUAACAUUUGCCCCACCGAGAUUCGUACCGGAACCUCGCGAGUAGGCAACACGUUGAAACCCGGCGUACAUACCACUCGGAGGUCGUCAAAAACGAAAGGAAUACGAGUAUUGUGAUGAGAUAAGUUUUUCAAUUGCAGAUUGCACUUUACCUAUACUCUAUUCAACUUCUUCUAAGACAAGGUAAACAAAUAAACCAAUGUUUCUAAGACUAAUUUUCGAGAUAAAGAUGGCUCGUGUAACCAGACUGAUUACAAAAUUUCACAUUUCAACAUAAAUAAUAUAAUUUGCUUUAUCACUACUCUUCAAUUUAGCAGUAUUAUAAUGCGUUCAAAGUUUGGUAAUAGGUACAGAUUUAGGUCUUUUAAAAUGUAACUUUUUUUUAAAUAUGUAUAAAAUUCGACAUAUUGGAAAUCAUUUUUAUGGUUUGCUUACCUUUAUUCUCGAAGGACGUUGAAUAGAUAUAGUAGAUAUUGUCUAGUGAUAAAAUUCAAGCAGUUUUUUUUUUAUUAUUAUUAAUGACAGGGUAAAGUUUUUACAAUUAUUAUUAGUGUAACAAAAAGUGGAGAGGUUUAUCGCACACAUUUAUGAUUCAGUUCGCCAGUGAACAUAUUCGUAUGCUUAAACCAGACGAUUAUACCUUGGGAAACUAAUUCUUUUUAAUGGCAGUAACUUCGAUCUUCGAAAACACACGACGGUUAAAUAAUAUUCGGGAUCGAACCAAAUAUAACAUAUUCUGAGUUAUGCCGGCACUUCACUUGGCUAUUCGUGUUUGCCAUUUAAAACUUUACAUCAGUCUGUCCUUUUCAUUCCUUAAAGAGCAUGUGAUAAAGAGAGAUGCCAAGUUAACAAACAGCAAACACGAUUAGCCAUCCUCCUCCUUGCUUCGGAAGGCACGGUAAGCCGUUGGUCCCGGCUGCAUCUGCAGUUGUUAGCACCCACCAAUCCGCACUGGGUGCACACGUAAACACGUGUGGUGGGUCAUGCAUGGCCUAAUCUCCCUAUUCCAUUAAUAGGGGAGGUCUGUGCCUCAGUUUGUCUGUAUAACAAUCCAAGAGCAACACUAGGAUUAUACAUUUUUCGAAACGCAAUUUUACAAGACACACCAUAUUUAUCAUAAAAAACAAUUACAGACUUGACACGUUGUGUCAUAUUAUAUACCAUAAAGCUAAUUAGCCAGUAUGGCAUAUAGGGCCUCUUCCUAUCAAAUAAAAGGCCGAUGAUGAUAUUUACCUGGCUGUGCGUAUGUAACGGCACAAGAUGGGCGGGCAGGUCUCCAAAGCGGUUGGGUUGGUCGAGGUGCGCGCCGCCCGCCAGCAGCGCCUCCACAAGCUCAGAGCUGAAGUUGUACGGAGCCGCCGCCACGUGCAGCGCCGUGCUGCGCGACCCGUUGCGGGCGGACACGGGAGCGCCCACUGAGAGGAGCAGGCGGACUACCUCCACCGACGGGAAUAUCGGCUGCACCAAGUUGACGUAAUUAAUAAACGUGCAGCGCGACCCGUUGCGGGCGGACACGGGAGCGCCCACUGAAAGGAGCAGGUGGACUACCUCCACAGACUGGAAUAUCGUCUGCACCAAGUUGACCUAAUUAAUAAACGUGCAGCGCGACCCGUUGUGGGCGGAUACGGGAGCGCCCACUGAGUGGAGCAGGCGGACUACAUCCACAGACGGGAAGAUGGGCUGCAUCAAAUAGAAGUACUAAAUAAACAUGCUGCGCGACGAGUUACGGGCGGACACGAGGGCGCCCACACAGAGGAACAGGCGGACUACCUCCACGGACGGGAAAAUGGGUUGCAUCAAGUAGACGUACUAAAUAAACGUGCAGCGCGACCUACGCUUUACUACUACUUUUAAAGGACCUAAAAUACCUACAUAAUUAUACAAAUGCUCGCUGUGACGACGUCCCGCUCAUCAAACUCAACACCCAGCUUAACUGACAUUAGCUUUACGAUGCUCAUUACACUCUCCCCGCUCUGCUCAGGCACUCCAGAGAGGUCAAUGUAAUUACUGAGUAACUGAGAUCUUUGUCGUGCAGCUUAAGCACGGCAAUGGCAUUCGAGCACCCCCCCUCUAGAGGCGGGCGCGUCGAUCCUCUCCUCGAACACCAAGAUUCUAUUCUCCAUAAUCGUUAAUUUCUCAUCGUAGGAUUUAAAUGUUGAUUUAAAAUCAGCCACUUCUGAGCGCCAUUCUUGCAUUUCCGCCCUCAUUGCGCUCAUUUCGUUCCUGGAGGAACGCAAUUCCAACGCCAGAUUAACCUUAACCUGCUCCGUAGUGUGGUGAAGUGUAAAUCACAUCCUGUAGUUACGUGUUGAUAACACUUCCCUGAUACGAUUAGGUAUCUAAGCCUAAGCACGUUGUAAAUAGUAUAUAAGAUGUAGGUAAAUUCACAAUCUUACACUUGACGAACACAUAAAAUACCACUAUGAGCACUAGAUUAUAACCAGGUGCAACGAUAUUUUAAUAAAUACUUGAAAAAUGAUUACUUGUUUUGUUUAAAGAGGAACGUACGGUAGCCCUGACAUCAGAUUUUUGCGGUUUAUAUCAAUCUAUGGUACUUAAGGUACAGUUAUGCAUGCAUUUUAAAAUUAUUUGUAUACUAGCGGCCGCCCGUGAUUUCGUCCGCUUUUACUUUAGUGUUAUGAAAAUCUCUCAGGACUCUCUCUGACUCUUUUCCGGGAUAAAAAGUAUCCUAUGUCUCAAUCCAGGCCAUAAAUUAUGACAUAGGCAUAAUUUAUGGCACCAAAUUUCAUCCUAAUCAGUUCAGUAGUUGUUGCGUGAUUGAGUAACAAACUUUCACUAGACUGUUAAAGGAAUUAAAUAAAUAAAAAAAUGAUUCUAUAGAAACGAACUACUGUACCAAAUUUUAAGAACGGUAUUAAUAAGUUCAAUUCGACUUAACACAGAAUUUGUGUGAAGUCGAUAAGGGAGUUUAGUUUUUUUUUUUUUUUUAUAGUAAGGUAGACAAAUGGCUCUACCCCACCUGAUGUUAAGUGGUGAUAAAGUCUAAACGCGAUGAUAGCUGGUGCAACCGGAAACUGCUACACCAACUAUCCUCACCUUGCCAGCCUGCAAAAAUGCUUCUUCACGCCUCUCUUAAAGGACCCCAGAUUAUAGGAAGGAGGGAACACGUGCGCGGAUAAAGAUUUCCACUUACGAAUAGUACGACAAAGAAAUGAGUCGCAAUUUCUUUGUUAGUGUAAGAAUAGUGGACACAGUAAGUUUUACGUCACCAGUUGGCGACUGUAUGAAGCAUCACUCACGGGCACUGCUAGCUCGUCGGCGAAGUACGUAGAGCGGAUGACGUUGAGGCAGGACACGGAUAGAUGCAGCAGCGUGUCGCCGGUGUGCGCCGACCUCACGUCCGCCUGCACUAGCUUGCGGGCGCCGGCCCUACGAGACAAUACCACAUUAUAUCAUCAUCAAAUACAAAUAUAGAUAGAUAUUAUUCAUCAUCAUCAGCCUAUUAAUCUCUCUACUGCUGGGGCACAGGCCUUCCCUAUGGAUGGAAUAGAGAGAUUGGGCUAUGACCCACCACGCGGGCCAGGAUUGGUGGACUGCAGAUGCGAAAGUUGGUAAAUUUUUUAUCACCCAUCCAAUGACUGACCACUGAUAAAGUUUGCUUAACUUCAACGAUCGCAGCCGAAAGCGCUAACCACUUUCGCCAGAUACCAUUAUACUUCAGAUACUAUUCAAUAUAUAAUUAUUAUCAUUUUGUUCAAUACACUUGUUAUCGAGACUUAUAUCAUAGCAUGCUUGAGAAACCCUAUCAGACAACAAAUAGCAAUAAAGAAAAAAGAGAGAAAACAAAUUUCGUUCUUACAUAAUUGUCUAUUAAUGACAUGCCUCCACUGGUAGUGCAAAAUCUAACUAAAAAUCAGUUGAAGCUCUUAUGAAUGAUGGCAUAGCGUCCAGUCAAAACAACCACAAAAAAAACUUAAACUACGAUUCUAUACAGACAUUUAUAAAGUCAUCAUCAUUAGCCUAUUAAAGUCCCCACUGCAGGGUACAUACUUACACAGGUACUUCUAUUUGGACAGAAUAGAAGGAUGAACCAAAACCCACCACACGGACCCAGUACGGGUUGGUGGGAGCUAACGACUUACUUAACUUUUUGCUGUUGCAGCCGGGCCCAACGGCUAAACGUGCCUUGGUUUAACGGAGGAGCUCGAGAUUGUAGCGGAUCUUCUUGACCAUGCACAAAAUUAGAAACAUUUCGUAUCAAUUUUGUAAUUGACAAGUGUACAUAUUGAUAUUCCGUGUCAUAGAUAUUGAUUAUCAAUAAAUGUGUACCUAAAUAUCACAUACGAAAAUAAUUAUAAAAGUUUUAAAGAUCACCCAGUUUUAUUAAAUACUAGCUGACCCAGCGAACUUCGUACCGCCCUAAAAAAAUAGGGGUUGUCCAGCGGACAAAAUUGUGAAUCUAAACCAUUCUCAGAUCCCCUUGAACACACACAAAAAAUUUCAUCAAAAUCGGUCCAGUCGUUUAAGAGAAGUUCAGUGACAUACACACUCACAGAAGAAUUAUAUAUAUAAAGAUUUAUGUUCAUUCUAUAAGAUAGUAAAUUUUUGUCACUCAUCUGAUGUUUGGCUGCGUUUCGGAAGUUGCUGUUUGCACUCAUGUGAUGUUUAGCUGCGUUUCGUAAGUUGAAUUAUUCCACUGUUCCAUCGUGCUCCUCAAAUAAGUAAUUGUCAAAGAAAUGUGAAAAGUUGGUGGUUGAUGGUUUAUUGAAGUACAGUGCGACAAGGAUUUUUAUGAAUGAGUGACGGUUAAUUGAGGGCGACACUGUCUACGUAAUUUUUUUCGCCACAUUUUAUAAAAAUUUCGUCGCACUAUAAUGGUGGAGUCAAACCUGAGCGCGGGCAUUUGUUCCGGCGAGGCAGUAUGGAGCGCCAGGUACAGCAGGUGUGUGACGCAUCGCAGCGCACGGUCGAAGGUCUCCGCCUGCUUGCGAUGAACGGGCCGAGCCUCCAGAGCGCGACGACACUCUACAACAUCGUAUUACACAUUCACAACCUACUUACUCUAAUAUUAUCGUUGACACUACUAUAAAGCGACAAAAACUGGUGUUGGUCAGGGGUUCAACCGAAUUUAUUAAAAAAAUGUCUCAUAGAAUAUGUUUUAACACGCUAUAAAGCAGUUAUGUGGGUAGUCGGUGUUAGUUUCCAGCCUAAAAUGUUUAUUCAUCACCGCCGCAGCGACCCUGGUGUCGCUGUAGUAUUAUGCUGAGACAGGGAUAUAGUUUUUUUUAUUGCCUAAUUGUGCCAUAAUAAGUUGUAGAAACGAUAGAAUUGAACGGGUUGCCGGUGCCCAUGCUUUUUCACCACUUAAUAAUGCCAUCAAAAUAUGACACGCUCGGUUUUCAUAUAAUUUAAAUCUUGAUCUGUGACCACGACGGUGUAGUGCAGUGCGUUAUAGUUCAGUAUAAUAAUGUAGUGUAGCCGGUAUACCGGCAGAUCUUGCGCACGCUUCAAUCUUUUGUAUUGUAUUGUAGUGUGUUAUAGUAUAGAUAGUUUGUCAUAAUGUAGUAGUAUGGCACAUAGCAGGCAGGGUGUCGGCUAUGAGUGAGAACACGCACAUGACGGCAUCGUAUCGUGACAGAUCUUGCGCGUACUCCAAUCUAUUGUAUUAUAGUGUGUUAUAAUAUAGCGUAUCAUAAUGUAUGUAGUGUGGCACAAUUCAGCUGUUUUAGUAUGGCUGAAUGAAGACGCGUCAAGGUGGAAACCAUACGUCGCAAACAGGGUCAAGCAAAUAACCGAAAUCAUACCUCCAGUCUGCUGGCUGCUAGUGCGGGGCAGGCGGGCAGUGGAGCUGGGAACUGACUGCGGUGCUCGCUGCUUCUGUCUCCCCUGGUGUUCUUCUGGAUGUAUCAACACUUAUGAUACUGAUGUUUCUGUUGUGACAGAAUCGUCUCCAGCAGCAAAAGAUGGCGAUUGUUAGUGAUAUACCCACAAGCACAUAUAUCACGGCAUAGUGAUAUAUAUCGUGCCAAAAUUAGGACUCUGUUACCCCUGUUGCUUGAUGUCCUUGAUUCUAUCCCCAAGGCUGCUCAUAUUUUUUCUAAACUCCAUAAAUUCCUUGUCACUUUCUUCUACACUGGGGAUAGUUAUAUUAUUUAUAGGUGCUAUUUCUGGUGUACGAGUAUAUAGGUUCGGCAUGGUUUUCAUCUCACUGGUGAACUCCUUAUUUGUAAAUAUGUACAUUUCUUCGCUUUUAAUCGCACAACCUUACUCUAAUGCGAUGACGCCGACCCCGCUCAGCUGUUGUGCGGUAAUUUGAUCAUUGCAUAGUAGUUUCACAGUGCAUAACAUCGCAACAAAAAUAUAAAUAAUGGUUCAUAACAUUUAAUACGACGAACGUGUUUUUGCAUUCGGCGAUGCUUGUUUGGCAUUGAUUGUGUUUAUUCUUCAAACACAAGUCUCUGUCUGACUUUCUUUGGUAAAUUGGAUGUUUGGAUUGGCAUAGUUGCGUAGAUGUUUCAUAGUACAUACAGUUAUGUAAGUCUACACCUGUAAAGUCGUUGAUGCUGGCAAUCUUCUGGAUCUUCUGAUUUAAUUCACGUAUGAGUUGUAUUUUAGAAAUCGGAUCAAAAUAUAAAGAUUGAUUGUUUUGCAGAGACCUUGUGUCGUACGCGCCAUAUGAUGGUUAUAUGAGACCCAUGAAAAAUAUAAGUGCCGUUGUUAGUGAUAAGAAUGAUUGCUUCGUAUGUUUUGUUUUUUCUUUCUGUUUAGAUUCUGGUUCCGGUGAUUUUUGCAUGGGUAAUACUGAUAGUUUAUUAACAGGUCUUUUUAAUAAUCCAUUUUUUGUUUUUAAUGUGACGACGCGUACGUAGCCAUCCUUGCCUGGGUGUAAGUCUGUUACCCGGCCCAUCAGCCAUUUCCCGGCUGGUAGAUUGUCGUCAUGGAUCAGGCAGCAGGCUUCGAGUUGCGCCAAUAUGGUGGAGUAUUCUUCGAAUGUUAACUUCUGCUCGCCUAUCACUCUUUUGAUGUGAUACUUCAGACUCUUUACGGCGGCUUCCCAGAGUCCUCCUGCCGACGGCCAUAAUGGUGCAUUAAAGUGAAACUCGAUGCCCAUAUUUGUAACUUCUGCCAUGUAAUCCUGAUCUGAAGAGUACUCUUGAAGUCGAGUGUUCAUUUCUUGUUGUAGCAUUCGAUUAGCGCCCACGAAAUUCGUACCGCCUCUACGAGCGGCUGCAAGGCUGCUAAAAAUGCUGAUGCAGAGAGGUCGGCACGAGUUCGAGGUGCACGGCCUUAGUUGCCAUACACACGAACACGGCCACGUAUCCCUUAGAUGUUUUAAUGCCUCGUCCUUUAUUUGCCUUAAUGACGACGUAACCUGUAUAGUCAACCCCUGUGUUGUGGAAGGGUCGUGAAGGGUUGCACCGCACUUCUGGUAAAUCACCCAUAAGUUGGUUUUGAAGACUUGGCUUAUGUCGGCGGCAUGCGAUACAAUUUCUUAUGUUUCUUUUAGUGGCUCGAUUGCCGCCGACUAUCCAAUAUUUUUUCCGAAUCACAGCUGACGUCACGCGCGCGCCGCCGUGAAAUGUGAUCUUGUGCGCGUCAUCUAUGAUGAGAUCUGUUAAGCGAGAUUUAUUGGGUAAAAUUAUUGGAUAUUUCAUAUCCAUGUCCAUGUUAGCAUUUUCGAGUCUGCCGUCAACUCUUAAAAUCCCAUCUUUAUCAAAAAACGGAAUUAAUUUGGAAAUAUGAUUCUUCUUAGGCACCUGUUUGUGUUGUUCAAUAUUGUUAAAUUCCUCGCCAAAAUGAGUAAUUUGUACGUAUUUGAUAAUUUUAUACUUUGCAAAUUUGAUUUCUGAUAAUGUUAGAUACUUGAACCUUGGCGGCCUUGAACUUCGCUGGUGCAAUUUGAACCGUAAUAUCCACGCCAGUAUUCUUUUUACACGUGUUAAUGUGCUAUGUUUUUCUAAUAACUGUUGAAUGAUAUUAAUCUGUUUAUUUUCCCUUGUUCUUGUGUAAACUUUUCUUUGUUCCUCUGUUGUGGUAUACUUGAUAGAGAUUUCGUUUUCUUCUUCAUAUGAUAGUAGCCAUGAGGGUCCUUGCCACCAAAGUAAAUGUUCAUUUAGUUGUUAUGCUGUUAACCCCCUGCUGGCACAGUCUGCUGGGUUCUUCUCUGAUUUAACGUAGCGCCAGCAGACUGGAGGUAUGACUUCGGUUAUUUGUUUGACCCUGUUUGCGACGUAUGGUUUCCACCUUGACGCGUCUCCAUUCAGCCAUCCUAAAACAGCUGUUGAAUCACACCAUCCAUGUAACUUUAUGCUGUAGUUGUUUAGACAGGUCAUUACCUUUUUCAUAAGCUUUGCCAAUAAUAGUGCGCCACUGAGCUCUAGUCUUGGCAUAGUAAUAGAUUUUUUGCGCGGUACUAGGCGGGUUUUUGCUACCAGUAGCAUCACAGACUUUGCAUUUUCUCUGAGCACCCUGCUGUAAAUCACACACGCGUAUGCCCUUUCAGAUGAGUCACAGAAUCCAUGCAACUCCAAUAGACUGUUCUUCUGUGUUCCAAGCCAUCUUGGUACUUGAAUUUGAUCUAUAGCUGCAAUCUCAGACUUAAUUUUGUUCCAUUCUAAACUUAUUUCGUCGGGUAUUAUGUCAUCCCAUUGAAGGUUUAGCUGCCAAAUGGUUUGAAAAAAGAUUUUUAAUUUAGUUGUUACAGGUGCCAGCCAUCCCAACGGGUAAAAAAUUUUCGAAAUGUCUGACAGUAAGCUUCUUUUUGUUGUCUUUUGUGGCGAUGGGUUAAUUUUCGACUGAAAGGUGAAUAUAUCUUAAAUAAUAAGCACGUCGUCCAUGAAGAAGGACUCUUCCUAAACCUUAAUAGCAUCUCUGUUAUGGGAGUAAUUAGAUUUUUCAUCUUUCGCCAGCUGUUUCAGCGUCAUCAUUGCAAGAAACGGUGCAGCUUUCGUACCGUAAGUCACGGUACAUAACUGAAAUUCCUCUAAUGUUGUUUGUGGUGAGUCUCUCCAGAUGAUUUUUUGCAGCUGUUGAUCUUUGGGAUUUAAUCUUAUCUGGCGAAACAUCUUUUCCACAUCUGCAGUAAAUGUGAAUUCGAACUGUCUCCAUUUCAAUAAUAGUCCUUGAAGGUCAUUUUGUAAGUUUGGUCCUGAAAACAUGGCAUCGUUGAGACUUGAACCCGUUGAUGUUUUACUCGAGCCAUUGAAAACCACUCUCAGUGCCGUAGUUUGAGACUCAGCGCAUUCUAUACCGUGGUGAGGUAAAUAACAUUGAAGUCGGCCGCCCGCGUCAGCGGAUUUCAAAUGUCCGAGCGUUAGGUACUCAUUUAUAAACAGACGAUAAUUAUUAGCGAAUAUAUUGUUUCUAUUAAAUUUUUGUUCUAAUUGCAUAAAUUGCGCAACGGCCUUGUUUCUUGAUUUGCCGAUAAGCUGUUGAUACCCAGGCUGGAGAGGCAGUCUGACCUCAUAUCUACCGUCCUGGUGUCUUUUUGUUGUUGUUUGGUAAUAAUCAAGGCAGUACUGAUCCUCUGAUGAUAAAUUUGACUCUUCUGUUAUAUCUUCCGUUUCCCAAAAUCGUUCUAAAUUCUGUAUGUUAUUAAGGACCACAUUGCAAUGAUAAGUUUUUGUACAAGCAGUCAGUAUCCAUCCGAGACGUGUAUUUUGUGCUAUCGGCUGUGAAGUUGAUGGAUCUUCGUUUCUACAUAUACCACUCAGGAUAAUAUUGGAAUAAGUUUCUGCUCCCAGUAGAAUGUCAAUUGGUCGACUUAUAUUGAAGUCGGGAUCGGCAAGCUGUAUGUUGUUCAAAAAUGGCCACGACAUUUUUGAGAAUGACUGAUUUGGUAACUGUUUGAUCAAAGUCUGCAUCACAAAAGCUUGAGUAUCAAAAGAGUAGCUCUCAUCCAUUGAUGAGCAUGAGAGAUUGACAACACCCUCACAGCUAUUAGAUUUUACACCUAUUCCAAAAAUGCUACCCUUGCAAUUCUGUCUCAGCAAUGAUAAACGUUGAGCGGCAUUUUCUGAAAUAAUCGACACUUGCGAGCCUUGGUAAAUAAGGGCCCGCAUUGAUUUGAGAGGCCCAUCUGCGGCCCGCACCUUGAGCAUCGCUGUUGCUAAUAAUAUCUCGGAUGAGCUUAGCUUAGAAUAGCUUGCUGUUGGUACCCCGAUCUUCCUGCAUGGGUUUUGUUUGUUGAUAAGGUGAUGGGUUGAAUGUUGUUGGUUUCAGCACCGAUGUCGAUGGCCGUGACUUCUCAUCGAUAGGUCGAUCUUCUUGCAUGGGUUUUGUUUGUUGAUAAGGCGAUGGGUUGAAUGUUGUUGAUUUCAGCACUGGUGUCGAUGGCCGUGACUUCUCUUCCAUAGGUACAUAGCUUUGAAUAAAUGCUUUCGUGUUUGUGUAAAAGUCCUGUACUUGAUCAUAUUUAUUUUGCGCAAUAUAUGGGUGUGUUUCGUCGCAUAUAUCUCGAACCUUAAUAUGAUUGCUGUGGAAUUCAUACCAAUAAGCUUGCUAUGUUUCAAGUCGCUUCUUGAUGUAAACGGCAGUCUUUCGUUCCGCACCAUCUUUUUUGAAGUUGGUCAGUAGCUGCUGCAUACCGCCUAUUAUUUGUUCUUGAGUUGCUAAGAUAUCCUCCAUUGUUGACAAGUUUUGAGUACUCACUGUUAAAUUAUUCUGUUGUUGCUGAUUUCGAUCCUUGUGACGGCUCACACAGUGCUAUGUGCACCUUCUCAAUCCAACUGGUGAGACCCGCUUGUGGGAGGCCAGUCAAACCGAUUCGCUAACACCGUAAGAACACUAUCACAAUUCACUAGUCGAAGGAUCAUAAAGAUGUUGAGUUUCCUCUACACCUUUCGAGAUGAUGAUGUUAAAUGAUAGUUUGGUGAUAAAUUGAUAACACCGAUUAUGUUGAAACUGUUAUGUUUAUUAGCAUACGCGGUACAUAUGACGUCCGAACGUGAACUGAUUUGAAUACGCUAAUACAAUUACAUAUUUACUUAAUAAUACAUAAAAUUAUAAAUUGCCACGUAAGGAAAUGUUUUGUUUGGACUAAACAGGCAGGUUGUCGGCUAUGAGUGUGAACACGCGCAUUACGGCAUCGUAUCGCGGCAGAUCUUGCGCGCGCUCUUAUCUAUUGUAUUGUAGUGUGUUAUAAUAUAGCGUGUCAUAAUGUAUGUAGCGUGGCACAAUUCAGGCAGGUUGUCGGCUAUGAGUAGGGUUGCAACGAUAUAUCGGAAUAUCGAUAACAUCGAUAAUAUCGAGACCAAAAUAUCGAUAUUUAAAAUUCACUGAUAUCGAUAAUAUCGAUAUCGGAAAUUCCAAAAUAUCGAUAUUUCGUAGACUAAAUUUUAACACAAUAGUAUCAAUUAAUUUACCUGCUAUGACUAUCUAAAUUGAAUAAUAUCGAAAUAACUAUGGCUUUGAAAUCGCAAGAGCUUAUAGAUGUAUAAAAAAAUCUUGAACCCCAAGAAAUAUACUAAACUGGUGUGGAUUCUGGCAUGAUCCUCUAAACCAAAAAUUAAAUUUGACAACAGUGAAUCCUUGUCAUUCUCUAUACAGAAUGAAAAGGAGAGACUGAUGUUAAAUUUAGUUUUAAGUUUAGAUAAUCAUGCCAGAAUCGACACCAACGUAUAUAGGUAUAAUCGUAUACCUAAUGGUAACUCAUGCACUUAAAUAAAAUCCUUGCCUCUCUUUCUAGAUAAUUGUCAACUACUGAUUAAUUAAAAUUUAAUAUCAUUGUAAUAUAACACAAAAUAAAAUUAAGAAUCUUAUUCAAAUCGUAAAUUUUUUAAGCUCGCCAAGUCAAGAAAGUAAAAUAGGUACAGUAAUUUUGGAAGCUUUGGGCUUACCCUAUUCUGAAGCCAUGGGCACGCCCCUGAUGUGUAGGAGACUAAGCAAUUUGCAUAUUUGAUGUGCGCUAAAAAAACCGACAUAGCUUGGAAAAGCACGAAUGUAGUGAAAACUUAGCGAAGGCAUUCGCAAAUGUCGUCCCACAUAUGCGGGUUGGCGCAUUCGUGCUAACGAAUGUGAGUGAUCUGAUCAGGAUAAUAAUUUUAAUUUUUUGGUUUCCUGUCGUGGCUGAAACACAAACCGUGCGAGCCAAUAAAAAAAAUCCUGCUUGGCGCGAUUUUAUCAAGCUUGUUUAACGAAAAAGCUGCCUCAAUGCAUUUUGCGAGAAACUCGCCAACAAACAUAUGAAUGUGUCACACUCACCCCGUAUUCUAAUGUCAAUAAAAAAUAAAAAGGAAAAAAUAUCGAUUUAUCGAUAAUAUUGAGUUAAAAUGGUCGAUAUAUCGGAUAUCGAUAUUUCCUGACUUCGAUAUAAAUAUCGAUAUUUCAAAAGACUUUGCAUCCCUAGCUAUGAGUGUGAACAUGCGCAUGACGGCAUCGUGUCGCGGCAGAUCUUGCGCGCGCUCUUAUCUAUUGUAUUGUAGUGUGUUAUAAUAUUACGUGUCAUAAUGUAUGUAGUGUGGCACAAUUCAGGCAGGUUGUCAGCUAUGAGUGUGAACACGCGCAUGACGGCAUCGUUUCGCGGCAGAUAUUGCGCGCGCUCCAAUCUAUUGUAUUGUAUUGUAGUGUUUUAUAAUGUAGCCUGUCAUAAUGUAUGUAGUGUGGCCAUGGAGCACCCCCACUGCAGUACGCAUCACUCAAAUUUUGUUUGGAAUCAAAAUCGCCAAAGUAGGCGGCGUGCGGGCAGGGUAGCCGCGGUCUGAUUGGACACAUCAAGGUCAGAUGAUAAACUCAGUGCAACGAAAUGAUGAGGGUAAGAUCGGUUAUAGAAAAUAUCUAUAUUUUCUAUCGAUAAGAAUUUACUAUACAGGUUCUUCCAGCGUUAUUUUUGCAUGACGAGCCUAGUAACUACAUACAUACUAAUUAUAUAUGCAACAACAAAAAAACACCGUUUGUAUAAAGAAGUGACAAAUAUCGACAUGGACAAUAAUAUGCUGUAAUGGUGACUUUUUAAACUUAAGGUGCUUUGCUCACCGGUGUUUGGGACCAAGGGUCAGCAAAUGACAUCUAUUGGCAAAAUAAAGAACUAAAGUUGUUAUAAUGUCAAACUAAGGAACUCAACCCAUAGUGCGAGUAACAAUUGCCAGAGCGCCAUCUUGCUUCUAAUAAAAGAGCUAUAUGAACUUGAAGAACAGGGUCGGUGCGGGUUUUUUUCGUUUUGUUUGCGGGAGUGGCUGGGCGGGCGAGUCGAAUGAUUCGGUAGCAUUCGGCAGUACUCUGUACAGAGAGCUAGGUAGCGUGGCUCACGCAUAGGUAAAAUUUUACUUAAGCUUGGAGUAAGCGCUUGCCCUUGUAUGCGGACUCUUGUGGGGGUGCUCCAUGAGUGUGGCACAUCCCAGGCAGGUUGUCUGCUAUGCGAGUGAACAUGCGCAUGACGUCAUCAUGUCACGGCAGAUCUUGCGCGCGCUCUAAACUAUUGUAUUUUUUACAGUGCUAUAGUAGUGUGUCUUAAUGUAUGUAGUGUGGCACAUACCGGGCAGGUUGUCGGCUAUGAGUGUGAAAACGCGCAUUACGUCAUCGUGUCGCGGCAGAUCUUGCGCGCUUUCUAGUCGUCCGGCGCGUGCGUCCAGCAUCAGACGCGUCAACGCGCAAGCCGUGUGACAAGUAUCUGAUAAACCACAAAUUAUGAGUAUCCCAAUCAUAUUUGAUGUUUUAUUAUUACUACAAAACUAGUCGAUAUUUGACGCGUAUGGAGAUCGAAUUCAACAAGUUAAAUUCGAUAUUGAUUCGUGCUAAGGGUUCCCCCAGCACAAGUAAACAGCGGGAAAGUUUCAUAUCGCCAUUGUCAAAGUUUCUAUGGGAACUAGGCAGCGCCACUACCGGGCCUUGAAACUUUAACGAUGGCGAUACGAAUACUUUCUCGCUAGUUCUUCGUGCUUUAAUAGAUAAAUUCGAUCUCGAUACGCGUCAAAUGUCAAGAAGAUUUGUUUCGAAGAUUUUUCAUUUUUAAUUCUCGUUAUGCAUGUUGUGGCGCUGUUCAAAUUUCUGUGUACUGAAGGCAAUAUAGUGGAUAACAAGAACAUACCGGUGUAGAGUAGUGAGUCCUUUUGUAUCCGAAUCUCGAGUGCCCACGUCCAGAGGUCAAUGCACUGCUGAUAGCGGAACGCGUCCCCGUAUGACGCACCCCUAUUGUACACAGUAUUAAUAUUAAAUGAAUAAGCAAAACUGAAAAUUUUGUCAUUUAUGUACCCUGGUAACAUUAUAAUAUGUACAGUAGAGCGUAGAAGUGUUUAGCGCGUUUUUAAAAGUUAAGCAACAUUGCAACGGCCGGUCAUCGGAUGUGUGACCGUAAAAUUUAUCAUCACGAGCUCAGAAGGUACGUCACACCGUUGAAAGUUUGUAUGUUUGUAUCACAUCUAAAUAGCUGAAUGGAUUAGGCACAAAGGUAACAUUAAUAAUAAUUUAUAAUUUUAUUUUUCAUUCUAUGCAAAUAAAUAUUAGGUUCCUUUAGGAUUUUCGAAAACAAAAUACUGCAGAAGUUAUUGUUAUGAGGCAUGGAGAGCGCGUCAAUGUGAGCGGUCAGCUGCUCCAGCUGGUUCACAGUAUGCGUAUUGCAUCCUCCUGAUAUAAUAUAGAUUUGUAUGUAUAUACCUAUAUAUGUAAAUAUUUAUUAUUAUUUAUGUAUUUAUAUAGAUAUGUAUUUUAUGUAGUAUACAUUUUUUUUUUCUAUAGAUAUAGUUUAAUUAUAAUAAAUAUUUAAUGAAUUCUUUUUGCAUUGCCGUCUUAAGAUCUUUGCUAUAAUGCUCCGGUUGACUGGUAGAGAAUGCCUAAUGGCAUUAAGUCCGCCAUUUGUACACUCAUGUUGUGCAAUAAAGUAAAAAUAAAUAAAUGUGUGACCUGUACAUGAGGCGCAGCACGGUGUCCUUGUGGUGCGGGGACAGCACGCGCGCGCAGACGAGCAGCGCGUGGGUCCGUAACGCGUCCAUGUCGGUGGCUAGCUGCUCUAACUGCUCCAUAGUCCGCCACUCGCGCGCGCCGCCUAAAGCUCGCGCUGCGCCCUCGCAACUGAACCCCAUCUUUAUGAUGUACCUGUUCCGCAAGAGAUGCGUCAAUAUCAGUAAUCAACUCAAAUACCAUAAAUGCACAACGUGCGAAGUUUGUGCAAAGUGAAACGUGCAGCCUUCAAGUUUGCCGUUGGCGCGAAAAGUUGUAUAGAGUCUGGCUAACGAAAGCGUGACCUGAGAAAACGCGGGAAAUUCAACGGUGACUAACUGCUCCAUAGUCUGCCACUCGCGGGCGCCGCC